AUGUCUGGCAACGUUCUAAAAGUGCAACUACGCUCCGAACACGGUAUUGCUCCAACUAAGGGUUCUGUGUAUGCCGCAGGAUACGAUAUUUACGCCUCGGCAGACUAUGUGAUUCCAGCCAUGGGCCAAGGUAUGGUUCCAACUGACAUAUCCUUCACUGUCCCAGAAGGUACAUACGGCAGAAUUGCUCCAAGAUCAGGUCUAGCGGUCAAGCACGGUAUCCAGACCGGUGCUGGUGUUGUAGACAGAGACUACACUGGUGAAGUGAAGAUUAUACUAUUCAAUCACUCACAAAAGGAUUUUGAAAUCAAGAGAGGCGACCGUGUCGCUCAACUUAUCUUAGAGAAGAUUGUCGACGAUGCCGAGGUAGUUGUCGUCGAAUCUCUAGAGGACAGCCAGCGUGGUGCUGGUGGCUUCGGUAGUACCGGUAAGUAA